ACUCGGUGACAUACGUCAAGGGGCACUUAAGUUAAACAUUCAAGUGAAGCAGCUUGGCUCUGAGCUGAGAGAAAUUUCCAAAUUCUAUCCAUCCAUCCGCCCCUGCGUCCGCUUCGGAAGUCCAGAAGCAUGGCGCACCGCCUGCAACUCCGGAGCGAUGACUUCGACGUAAUCGGCGCUGUGCCGCGCGAUCUGUCGGUGAUUAAGAACUUUCUAAAGCGCGACUGUGCCGUCAAGAGGCUGAUCGACAUCGAGGAGGAGUUUCUGCAGGAGUGCGUAUUGCGGGGCGAGGAUCCGAUGAAGCCGAGCAGGAAGAGUGGCAACGACAUCGUGAAGCGUGGCAGCGGGCUGGACUCCAAAGUACCUGAACCUCAACCGGAUCCCUGUGCGAGCAAAACGCCAGAGGACGCAUUGGCGUCAGACUUCUGUGAUCCCUGCCGACGGCUCAAAACAUCCGUGGUUCUGGAAGAGCUCACAAAGCCGGCCACAACAAAUCCGGUGUACAACAAAGCCCUGCCGCCGUACUUCGACGAGGAGAGCGUGAUGGGCAACUCGUUGCCCGUGAAGUUCCGCUUCCGGCGCAAAUUUAACCGCUGCGACCAGGAGAAGCCGGCCAACCUCAUGUGUUCCACCACUCCGAGCACCAACGUCGUGGUGCUGACCAACUGUUGCGACGUUAUGGUGUGGCCCAGUCAGCGAGUGGCCCAGAUGAAUCGAGUGCCGGUGACCAUGCUGUCUGGCGAAGGCGAUCUUACCGAGUAUAUGCUGGAGGAGGAGACCAUUAUGUGAGCGACUCUCCACGAAAUGGCAGCGAGUAUGGAUACCAGUUUGGAAUAAAUAAUUCAAUAAAACCUUUACCCCGUCCACAAA